UCUUCAUAAGACAAGUUUCAACGUUUUCUUUUUCUAUAUGCCGCCAUAUAACCGAAGGGCUUUCCCUGUCCGUCUUCUACACAAACAAAACCCCCGACCGGACAGAACUACACUUCGCUUCUAGUUAAACUCGAGACCCCUUUGAGUUUUGAGUCGACCUCGACUUUUAAACGGAAAUGGAAAAGCCGGAUUUUACCUCCGGUUCCGGUGGUUCCAUUGUCUACAAUACUGUUUUCAUAGACACCAGCCUCGACACACACCUGGCCAUGAUCGUCUCCGACUCUGACACUGUUUCUGAUCUUAAAAAAAAGAUACUCUAUGAACACCCACUUUGUUUUCCUAACAUCGGAGAGAUAAAGAUUAACGCCUUAAAGGUGAAGCGCAAAGGAUAUCUUUAUCACCUUUCAGAUUCCAUGUUUGUAAAAAGUGCUUUUGAUGGAGUGAGCAAGAGUUGGUUUCUUUCUGUUGAUGCCUCAAGUGCAGAAGAGCAUAGUGAAAAUCAUAAUUCCCGCAAACCUGAUCCUGGCAAUGUUGUAGCCUGUUUUGGUAUCACAACUAAUAAUUCAUCAGCUGAUGUGGUUGAUCUUCGACCAGAUGGUACUUCAAAAAGAUUGUCCAACAUCAAUGAUUCAUCACUGCCACAAGAUGGGAACAACCAUCAUGCAAAGCAGAAUUCUGCAUCUCAAUGCUUUGAUUUUGGUAAUUCCGGCAAAGAAAAUUCAGAAGAUUUGCAUAUGGAAGUUGAACAUACAGCUGAUAGUAAUUCUAAAGUUUUGUCAAGACCCAAGGUACAGGAGAAAGUUGGUGGAGAUAACAAAAUAUGUGAAGAUCUACCAGCUUCGGUAGCUGCAUCUGAUUUAAAGGGAAAGCACAAAACUAAAAAGAGAAAGAAAGAUGCCUUCCAUGACCAUUCUGUCAAAGAAAAUGGUGCUUCAGUUGUUGAAUCUGGUAAAGAUGCAUUGGAGUCGGACAAUGUAAAUGAAAGAACUGCAGUUUUGAAUGAUAUGAAGUUGGGAAACCAAGUUUGUUUUGAUGAAACCUGCAGGAGUGUGUCUUGUGAUAGAAAUAAGAGAUCAGCCACUAGAAAAAGGAUGGCUGAUGAGGGAAUAGAAGUUCCAGGAAAGCAUUCUGAAUGUGAAACUAAUAAACAAAAUGAUGUUUCUCUUAGUGAGCAAGAACAUAAGUUCACAGAAAAUUCAUCACAAUCUGGGCCUGCAUCAAAGAAAAAGUACAAAACCAAGAAGAAAGAUAAUGAAAAUUCUUUAAUAGAAAAUGGAGUUUUGAUUUCUGACUUGGUUAAACAAGGCACUGGACUAGAGGUAACAACAUCUGAGUACUCUUUAGGUCAAAAACUGGGAAGUACAAGUGCUAUUUUAGAUCAUUUAAAUAUUGAAUCUGUAAAAGAUUGUGGGAGGAAGAAAAGGAAAAAGGAAAUAUCAAAUCCCAUUCAAGUAGGUAGGGAAAUCUCUUCUGCAAAAGAUGUUAAUGUGGAUACCUUUCAGGCCAUAGAAGCAAUUAAUAACAAGGAUUUUGGCGGUGAAGCUGAUCCAGGAUUUGUUCUUGGAGCAAUUUCUGAGCCCUGUUUGAUCUCUUCAAAGAAAAUGCAAGAAGUAAGCAAAACAAAUGUUUUGCCCCACUCAGAAGGUGAUGAUGCUAUGGCUGGUACUGAUGACGGCAACAUGGAAAGCAAAAAUGAAGCACCUGAACCAGUUGUUGCAUCAAUAAUAAAGAGAAGGGAUUCAAUUGAUCAGAAUGCCAGUCAUGUCAACAGGCAUCCGACCUUUGUGUCCCAAGAGGGAAUCAAUCUCCAGAAUGACAUUGGCGUUUCAGGGCAUGAAAAUCAAAGUGGUACAUUGGAAGAUAAAAUUGUGGAACCUAAAAAGUCUGCCAAGAAAAGAAAGAAGUCCAAGAAGACCAAGGAUCCAGUUGGAGGAACGGAAGCAUUAGAUGCAGUACAUGAUAGAGGUCCAGCAAGUGAUAUACCUCCAGAGCGUCCUGCCUCUGUGACUGGUGAACAUUUGAGUGAUAAUGCGGAGCAAGAUGGCACAACUGAUGGAAAAGAAGCAUCAAAAAUGAGAACAUCGGACUGUUUGCCUUCAGUUACUGAUGUGAGAGCUGAUGAUGUAAUUCGAGAUGUGCUGGAGUCCUUGCAGCAAUGCAACAAUGGUCCAGCAAAUGCAGAAAAUAUGGACAAGAAAUCAAGGAAGAAAACUAAGAAGAAGAGUUCUACUGUUGUGAACCCCCCAGAAUUGCAAGGAAAAGAUGAUGUUGAUCACCGGGAUCCAACAAUUCUGGCUGAUAACGUGAGUGAGGUGAGUGCGUCAUCUAAAUCCACAAGGAAGACUAAGGUGGUGAAUUCAAGUUCAGCUGCACAAUUGAAUGGAUCAGAUUUGGGAUCUAAAAGUAAGACAGGGGUUGGAAUUAGCCCGGUUUACACUCAGCUUGACUCAUCCCUGAAUACACUUAAAGCCAAUCAUGAGGGUAGGCCUAUUCAAGAUGUUGUCAAUGGACAUUACCCUAAAAGUGCCCGUGUGGUUGAUGGUAAUAACAGCAUAGAAGUUCUCUGUGAAAGUGAAAGGAUCAAAAGCCAACAUCAGCAUGAAAUUGUUGAUUUUGGUGGGAUAGUCGUUGAUAAGGUGACUGACAAAAAAGGAGUGGAAACUGAGGUGAAAGGGAAAAGGAAGAAAAAGAAGCCUGAUGUACAGUCAGGUCGAUCCACACCUGAUUUAUCAUCUUCACAAAUGUUAAAUGGGAAUCAACAUAAAAACGCGAAAGCUCAAGCUGCCAAAUCUAGCUCCAUCCAAUCUCAGAGAUCAUCAUCGAAGGUUGAACCAUAUAGCUCCCCUGUUCAAUCAAGUAAGACACGUUUGACCAUUUCUGGAAGUGCGGCAAAAGAACGUCUGCAAUCUACUAAUAAAUCUGAAAAAAUCAAUUCUAUUCCUAAAGAAUCUCAAAGGCCCAUUGACAUCAAUUCUUCAAGGGUGCAUACAGGUCUGGGGAAAAACAAUGAUUGUGCUGCAUCAAGCUCUACCUUAGAAAGAUCUAAAAACCCCAUUAAUCUAAAAAGUGGAAGUAACGAGCAUCAAUCUCAUCUGGAUAUUGCAAAAGAUACUGGAAGUAAUAACAGGAAAGUUGUGAACAGCCUGGAAAAUAAGAAGAGCUUACUGGCUACAGUAGGUCCAAUAUUUAAGCAUGAUGAUAAGGAGAGUUCUGAUGAUGACGUAGUAGAUGACUCAGAUGACAGCACCAGAAGUCCAUUGGAUAAUUCAUCAUCUGAUGAUGAUAGUAACAUGAACAGCAGUUCAUCACAAAAUGGAUCUCAUAACUCAGAAGGGGAAGGUGGUGGAAGAGAGAGAAAAAACCCUGGUUCUACAAGCCCAAAGAGCAUGUCCUUGCAUGCAAUCCUUCGCAAUUCGAGCAGUUACAAGAAGGCCAAACUAACAGCUUCUCAAUCACAACUUGAUGACCUUGAUAGCCUGCCUGAUGAAUUUGUUCCAGAUAGUCAGGCAAAAUAGUCAAAAGGUUUUUUUCUUUAUCGGUUUCAUUUUUAAUCUCUUGUGGGAGGGGUUUUUGUUGUCCUUUUACCAUGCAGCAGGGGUCAUUCUUGUGCUCUCCAAUGCCAUUGUCAGGGACUGUUGCCACCCCCACCCCGCAUGUUUUUGUAGUAUUAUGUAGUAGAAGUGGUAUGCAAAGGGUUUCUUGAUAACAAUGAAGUGAAUGUAAUUUGCGCCCUGUUUUCAUUCGAAUUAAAGAGUGUUGGUGAAUUUUAGUACUUUGGAUUAUGACACCCUCCCAUCCAACUUCAUUCCCUCGUGUCCACCCCUUGUUCUUGUAAAGGGCAUGGCAUUGGGGUUAUUUGGAACAUUGUCAAGGAUAAAAUUGGUGCGGCAAGUGAGGAGGUACAGGUGGACAAGGAGUGUUGCAGUUGGAGUUGUGUAUGAUUGUAAUCCUUAAAUUUGAUAUUACAAUGGAAUGUCAAAGAAGAUAGAAAAAUGGCGAUUGUGGUGAAUUAGUGUCAA